AUGUCACUCUGGCAAAAGGCUGGCUGCAACCUUGGAAAAGAUGAGAUCUGCACAGCUGCAGAGUAAUUGUGUACUGAAAACCUGGUGGAAUUGGGGAGUCCAAGAAAAGGAAAUAAAAGCUUCGCAACAACAAAAGGGGUUGAUUCAGGAGAGACCAUCAAGCCACUGGUCUUCCGGCUACAUGACAGUGUUCCUGCUUUAGUCCGUGAGGUUUUACUGGAACGUGGUUGGAUUGAAUAUGAUGAGCAUGAGCAAGACAAAGAGGACUGGAACCUGUACUGGCGGAAUUACCCUUUCCGGAUGACAGACCACAGGAGCAUUAAACCAUGGCAAAGGCUAAAUCACCAUCCAGAAACAAUCAGGAUCACCAGGAAAGACUAUCUGGCAAGACAUCUGAAACGCAUGAAGGGAAUUUAUGGAACAACCCUCUAUGAGUUCAGUCCAGCAGCCUUUAUCAUGCCAAAUGACUACAUUAAGUUUAUAACAGAAUACACCAAGGAGAGGCAAAUACCAGGGAAAAAGCUGAGUUACUGGAUCUGCAAGCCUGUCGACCGGUCGCGUGGAAGGGGCAUACUCAUUUUCCAGGACAUUAAAGACUUUGUUUAUGACUGCAUGGUGAUUGUGCAGAAGUACAUCAGCAACCCUCUGCUUAUUUCUGGAUACAAGUGGGAUCUUCGUCUUUAUGUCUGUGUCACAAGUUUUUGUCCCCUCACUAUUUAUACAUACGAAGAAGGGCUGGUGAGGUUUGCAACAGAGAAGUUUGACCUUGGGUCCCUAGACAAUGUUUAUGCCCACUUGACCAAUACUAGCAUCAAUAAAUUUGGACCCUCAUACAGAAAGGAUAAAGACGUCAUUGGCUCUGGUUGCAAAUGGACUUUCAGCCGGUUCCGGGCCUACCUACGUAGCCACAGUGUGGAUGACCUGCGCCUGUGGAAGAGGAUUAACCAGAUUGUCACCCUGACCUUGCUUGCCAUCACCCCAUCGGUACCAUUGACCUCUAAUUGCUUUGAGCUCUUUGGGUUUGACAUUCUGGUUGAUGACAAAAUGAAGCCCUGGCUCCUGGAAGUGAAUCACAGCCCUGGCCUGCGUUUGGACUGUGCCACAGAUGCAGCUGUGAAAAGGAGAUUGCUCCACGACAUUGUCGACUUGCUGAACUACAAGGAAGCAGACACAUUGAGAAAAAGCAAAGGGGUGGUUCGAAAAGUAUCGUGCUUUAGCCAAACACAGUCUUUGCUGACUACCCAAACCGACAUCUCUUUGGAUUUCCCAGAGCGCAGGAAAGGAACUAAGUCUGCAACUACUUGCCCUUCCCCAUCACUCUUGCAGAUUAAUAAGGGAACCCCAAUGUUUGGCAGAACAGGUAGUGCAUACCCCAAGAAAACUUUAACCUCACAAUUGCGUGAAAGGAUGAACAAACCAAAAACAGCCCUGCCGUCAUCUAAAAGCAAACAGAUAUUAAGAACUAGUAAUUCACUAUGCGAACCUAUUCAGUCUACCCACUCGUUUUAUUCAACUGAGCUCUAUACCAAGCCAUCUAUCCCUCCAUAUUUUCUCACAGAUAAAGACAAAAAGCCAUUCCCUCGAGUAGGUGACUUUGUCCUUAUAUUUCCUUUCAAUGAUGCAGCCCUUGAAGCAUCUAGGAAUGGGGUGAAUGUCAAAAGUAUAAUACAAGAAAUAAACAAAAUAAUGAGCAAAGAAUUGCAGAUGGAACAUCAGCAAACAAAUAAAAGCUUAAAUAACCAGUAG